AUGCCGAUUUUACUAUCGUUAGGUCCGAUAGUGCCCUCGGAAAUGAACAUGCGGUACGGACAUCGUGGAGUCGGGAUUGAAGUUUACCCAAUCGGAGGCGAUCCAAAAGAGCUAAUGUCAUACAUGGUCAAAUCUCCCAGGCUCAUCCCUGGCAUGGUGAGUUUUCGAGCAGGCGAUAUCCGUCGCAAGCGCGUCAUGAUUCGGGAAAUGCUUUAUGGAUGCUGGAGCUCAUGUAUAGAGCCGGAUACGGUAACAGACCAACCGUUCGUGGCUGAUGCUAUCAUCGCCAACCCACCGAGCCUUGCACAUGUUCACUGUGCUCAGGCUCUCAGCAUUCCGGUGCAUUUAAUGUUUACCAUGCCUUGGAGCAAUACAAAAUCGUUUCCACAUCCCCUGGCGAACUAA